AUGGUCUCCAACAAGUUUCUCACGGCCCUUGCCGUCGGUCUCCCAGCCAUCCAGGCUGCCGUCCCAGAGAUUGCCGGCUUCACCCUCACCUGGUCUGACGACUUCGUCGGAACCGCCAACUCCCUGCCGAACACUGCCAACUGGAUUAUCGACAAUGGCACCAGCUACCCCGGUGGCCCCGCCAACUGGGGUACGGGUGAGAUCCAGACCUACACCAGCAACGUCAACAACCUCAAGCUUGACGGAAACGGCGCUCUUGCGAUCACCGCCAUCAAGGAUACCGCCGGUGCCUGGACAUCGGCUCGUAUCGAGACCCAGCGUGCAAACUUCGUUGCCGCUGCUGGCGGCAAGAUGAGAAUUCAGGCUAGUCUGAACUUGCCCGUUGUCGGCACCAACGGCAUUGGAUACUGGCCGGCCUUCUGGACCCUUGGCGCCGCUUACCGCGGAAACUACCAGAACUGGCCCUCCAUCGGCGAGUUUGACAUCCUCGAGAACGUCAACGGUAUCAACAAAGUCUGGGGUGUCAUGCACUGCGGCACCAGCCCCGGCGGCCCCUGCAAGGAGAAGGAUGGUCUUGGUGGAAACCGGGAGUGCCCCGGCACCACCUGCCAGGGCAACUUUCACAAGUACACCCUCGAGGUCGACCGCAGUGCUACUCCCGAGGCUGUUAGGUGGUUCGUCGACGACACUUUGUUCUGGCAGGUCACUUCGGAUGACCUCCCUGCCGACGUCUGGACCCAAGCUGUUCACGAGCCCCAUUUCAUUCUUAUGAACCUUGCCAUCGGCGGCGAGUUCCCCAACAACAACUACGGCAGCACCACUCCCCUGGCUACCACUGUCUCUGGCGCCAGCUUCCAAGCCGAGUACAUCGCGGUUUACAAUUCCUGA